GCCCGCCAUGGCCGCGCCCGCCCACCGGAACCUGGCGGUGCCGCGCGGCCGCCACAAGAUGGAGGCGGCGGAGCGCGGCCUGCGAGGGGGGGCGGGCAGCAGCGCCGACAGCCCGCCCGAGGAGGAGGAGGAUGAGGAGGAAGAUGAGGAGGAUGAGGAGGGUCCCCGCAGCGGCCGCUCCAGCCGCACCUCGUCGCUGGUCAGCGGGCUGCUCACCGAGCUCUACAGCGCUGCCGAGGCGGGCAGCGCCCGCGCCGGGGUCCUGCGGGAGCUGCAGCGGCAGCGGCGGCCGAGCCAGGGCGGGUACCUGCGGCUCAAAGAUGUUGAUGAAUUGACAACUAUAAAACGGGAACUGAAUUACAGAAUUUCUGUCCAGUCAGCAAAGUUGCUUCGUCUUCUAAAGCAGAAAGACAGGCUUGUACAUAAAGUCCAGAAGAACUGCGAUAUUGUCACAGCUUGUUUACAGGCUGUUUCCCAGAAACGAUGGGUUGAUACGAAAUUGAAAUUCACUCUUGAGCCAUCUUUAGGUCAAAAUGGUUUUCAGCAGUGGCACGAUGCACUCAAAGCAGUGGCCAGACUGCCAACAGGCAUACCAAAAGAAUGGCGCAGAAAGGUUUGGCUGACCCUAGCUGACCAGUACUUGCACAGUAUAGCCAUUGACUGGGAUAAAACAAUGCGUUUCACCUUCAAUGAAAGAAGUAAUCCUGAUGAUGAUUCAAUGGGCAUUCAGAUAGUAAAGGACCUUCACCGGACUGGUUGCAGUUCCUAUUGUGGCCAGGAGGCAGAGCAAGAUCGAGUGGUAUUAAAACGAGUUUUGCUGGCUUAUGCCAGGUGGAAUAAAUCUGUUGGCUAUUGCCAAGGUUUUAACAUCCUAGCUGCACUCAUUCUGGAAGUAAUGGAGGGCAAUGAAGGAGAUGCCUUGAAAAUCAUGAUUUACCUAAUUGAUAAGGUGCUUCCUGAUAGUUAUUUUGUCAACAAUCUCCGUGCUCUCUCUGUGGAUAUGGCUGUUUUCCGAGAUCUUUUAAGAAUGAAACUUCCUGAACUGUCCCAGCACUUAGACACCCUGCAGAGAGCUGCCAACAGAGAAAGUGGAGGAGGCUAUGAACCCCCACUUACAAAUGUCUUCACAAUGCAGUGGUUUCUGACUCUCUUUGCCACGUGCCUGCCUAACCACACAGUUCUGAAGAUCUGGGAUUCAGUAUUCUUUGAAGGCUCUGAAAUUAUUCUGAGAGUCGCUUUGGCUAUCUGGGCAAAGUUAGGAGAGCAAAUAGAGUGUUGUGAAACAGCAGAUGAGUUUUACAGUACCAUGGGCAAGCUGACCCAGGAGAUGCUGGAAGACAGUCUGAUUGACAGCAAUGAACUCAUGCAGACUGUUUAUACCAUGGCUCAGUUUCCCUUUCCACAACUGGCAGAAUUAAGGGAGAAAUACACGUACAACAUUACUCCUUUCCCUGCAGCAGUAAAGUCAACUUCACUUUCAGGAAGGCUAGGCAGAACCAGAGACAGCGACGAGGAGAAUGACCUAGAUGAUGAAGAUUCAAUUGUCAAUGCAAUUGGCUGUCUUGGACCAUUAAGUGGAUUUUUGGCACCAGAGCUCCAAAAGUACCAGAAACAGAUGAAAGACCAGAAUGAAGAACAAAGCCUGGGCUCCAGCAACAUCGCAGAGCUCAGUCCAGGAGCAAUAGACUCUUGCCGAAGCGAGUAUCAUGCUGCUUUUAACAGCAUGAUGAUGGAGCGUAUGACCACUGAUAUUAAUGCACUAAAAAAACAAUAUUCCAGGAUAAAGAAGAAACAGCAACAGCAGGCUCACCAUGUGUAUAUUAGAGCAGGAUCUGAAGAUGACGACCCUGGGAUAUUUUUAGGUCCCAGGGACCAGCUGAGCAAUGACAAAGGGCCAGUUACCAGCCUCCUCCCUUCUCAGGUAAACCAUUCCCCGGUGAUAAACCACCUCCUCUUAGGAAAGAAGAUGAAAUCAAAUAACAGGUCUCUCAAGAAUGCUGUUAUUCACAUCCCAAGCCAUGCUCCAGGGAAGAUGUCUCCCAUUCCCCAAGAAGAUCUUAAAUCAAAACUGAACUCUCCGUGGCGCACUCACAUACGAGUUCAUCGAAAGAAUAUUGCUAGAGCUAAAGACCAGCUGGGGCAUGGGGAUACCGUAGGACUAAUAGAUGAGCAGAGCGAGAGCUGCAAAACAAAUAGUCCUGGUGCAAAGGAGGAGACUUCCAAAUGUUCUGAUUUUGGAGAAGAAGGAGGUGGUUUGGAUGACAGGACUACGCGAAAAGCUGACCAACAGCAGUCUGCUGACCCCGUCUCUACAGACAGCAGCACUACAGACGUGUCAGUGGUUCAGCUAAAACUGGAAGCACUGGAACUCGUCUCAGAUAACAAAACUGAUGCUGAGUCAACACCCGGUCAGUCCUGCCAGCCACGUUUAUCUGAGUCGAGCAGUUUGUCUAGUGACAGUGGACACCCGGCGAAAUCUCCCCAGCCUGGGAUCCCAAAGCCACAAGUCUUCAAUCCUUUCCCCAGUGUCAAGCCUCUUCGAAAGUCAGCUACAGCCAGGAAUUUAGGGCUGUAUGGCCCCACCGAAAGAACACCAACUGUACACUUCCCACAGAUGAGUAGAAGUUUCAGUAAGUCAGCCAGUGGCAACAGUGGGACCAAGAAACGAUGACGUACCACAUGGCACUUUCCAUUUCUGACAGGGAAAAAAUGUAUUGUUUUUUUAUUAUUUUAUUUUAUUAUGUUUGUGUAUAUGUGAGUCCCAAAGAGUUUCUGAUCUUUAAUUAAGUAAUGAGGACAAAAGUGGUUACCGGAUGUAUAAAUAUGUGUCUUUGAAAAUUGUGCUCCCGUGUUGCCAUGGGAUAGAUUAGUAAAGAUGCACUUUGGCACCCUAUUGUCGAUUCUGAUGGUUCUGUGGUAAAAUAAACGUUGAUUUGCAGUGUGAAGCAUACUAUUUCUUUAAAUCUAAUCCAGGCAUGAAAUCACCAGCUGCCUUUGACCCCAUAGGCCCCUGUGGCUGCCUCCCGUCUCUUUCAAGGCUGUAAGGACAAAUUGUCUGUCUGGUGCAGCAAAACCAUAAAGCAGUUUUUAUGACUGUUACGCAGCCUCCCUGUUAGACCUCAUUAUUAUGCUCCGUGAGUAGCUGGAGAAGCCACAACUAACAAAAGCACAAGCAGCCCUAGCAAUCUACAGUAUCACUUUCAGUGUUAAGCAUUGCCACUUAUUUAUACUGGGCCAUCUGGCUUCAGGCAUCCUCCAACAGCAUGUCACGCUUCUCUUCCCAUGGCAGUCCUCUGCUGAUAGUGGUUUUAAUAUAAAUGUAAUCAGUGAGUGCGAGAAUAACGGGCAUGAGCCCAUCUACAACACUGGUUUGCUCCUUUUCUAUUACAUAUAACUGCUGGGGCAUUGCAGCACUGCGAAAUUAGGCAUGAGGAACAACUAACUAUACAUACAGUUGUGUUGAAUAUUAUGACACACCUUGGCUUUAAUGGAUGUAAAAAAAAUACGAUCUAGUUUGCAACCAGUUUUGUAAUUAAAAUGUAUUUGCCUGCUUAGCAGUGGGUAAAAUAUAUGAAUGUUCCAAAGUAGUUUAGGAGUUUAAAUUCUAUAAAUAGAGCGAUUAGAUACUUAGGGUGCCACUUGUCAUUAAAACCCAGCAUAUCAGCCAUGAUGUUAGUGGACUGGACACAGGCUGUCAUGGGGUUCCUUGGCAUGGUUCUGGUUUGUUGUGAAACAAAACUGGCUAAAAUAUAAGCUGAGUGUUUACUUCCAAGUCAGUCCCUUUUGCCAGUUUCUUACAACGUUUUCUCAGAAGCUUAGAUUUUUGAUAUGUCCCCCACUAAAGUCUUUUAAAGCUGGUGAAUACUGCGAGACAAAUGACAGAUAUAUAUAUAUCAGGCAGGCAGAGAACCUAAAUGUGGAUAAUUCAGCUUCAGGGAUGCAAAAUCAAGUAUUCUGACUUCAAAAAAAAAAUCAGGUCGCUCUUAAAAUACUACAGCUCUGCCAUACUGUGUGCAUUAACUGUGAUUCAUGACGUUUUUACUUCCAAGUUCCUCAUGACUUGAAACUGCCCUGACUUCAAACUGGUGUAAAGGCAGUAAUGAUGAAUCGAUCCCAUUGUAUGUAAUAUCUUCCUCAGUUAAAAUUAUUUGUUAAAUUUGCAAAGUAAUAUAUCAUUGUCUAUUUAUUAAUGUAUCCCAUGAUCUCUAGGAUGUGAUAUCAGUUUUAGCUGUACAAUAUACCCCUGUUUAUUGUUGUGCGGAUGAUUUUAUUUCACUGUUGUAUUUUAUACAGGUGUAUGCAUAUAAAGUAAUACACAAGUAUGAACACUAUAAAUUUAAAACAGUUGUAGAUCAGAUUUUGCCCCUGCCUUAUUUUCAGGUUAAGUAGUAUUGUUGCUAAUGAUCAUUUGUAGCACUAAGUAAAUCUAAAAUAAUGUAGGAUUUAGUCACUGACCGUGGACUGUAUGAGAAUUGUUUCUGCCUUGAUUUAAAAGACAUGCACUUCUUUUCAAAAUUUUACUGUGAAUCAUUUUCCCGAUUUUUACCUAGCUUUAGCAUAUCAUGCAGCUGUAUGUGGAACUAGUAAAAAUAAAAGGAUUGUCAUGCAGAAAAAACUGCUAAAAUGUCACAAGUACAUGCAUGGAUUUUCAGCACAUUAAGAUGUGAUUAAGGUAAUGGAAAAUUAGCAAGCUUCGCACAGAUAAUGAUCGGGGGAAAGAAAUGCCAAUAAAAUAUUGAUUCAGAUCUAAUCAAUAA